AUGUGCGAGAUUGUGAUAGCUGAGCAUUUUGGAAGAGGAAGUGUCAGCAGCAGCAGACGGAUCUGUUGCCCCCUUUUCAGCCCGGCUGACCCCUGCCCCUUCGCCAAAAUCCGGCUCCUGGAUGUGACCACGCGGCUGAUCAGAAGGAGCCAUCAUGUCCUAAAUGCAGAUGGGCCGUCGGGAGCCCUGUCUCCCCACGCUGGCCCCAUUCUCCCCUCCCCUAUCCACCACCUCACCUCUUCCCCCAGCCCUAUUCCUCUGCCGGACCUGAACACACAUGUCCGCGACCGGCUGCCCGGUCAGGGCUCCCCCCUGUCCCACCCUUCCCCUCUGUCCCCCAGGCCGACCACCCUCCACAAGCACCAUGUGCCAGCGGGAGGCAUGGGGUCGGACAGGGACAUCCAGUCCACUGCUUCCUCCAUUUCACUGCCGUCUGUCAAGAAAGGCCCCAAGAAGAGACGCCUCUCCCUGGCUGCUCUGUUCAGACGCAGAGGACGGGAGUCCAAGUCGGCACGGCAACGAACCAGAGAGCUGCAGCACGGGGCGGGAGCAUUCGGGCCAGCGGACGCAAUCGCCAGCAUCGAGAGCAUUCACUCCGAAAUGUGUAACGAUAAAAACUCUGCCUUGUUUAGCCCAACGGUGUCUGCUGUGGCCGCCUCCACGUCCUCAGCCUCAGGACCCUCCUCCACCUGCUCCUCUGCCUCCAAAGCUGUGGGUGGGAUGGGGCCAGAGUUGCUGGAGUGCCCCCUUUGCCUCCUGCGUCACUCGCGGGACUGCUUCCCUGAUAUCAUGACCUGCCACCACCGCUCAUGCAUGGACUGCCUGCGACAGUACCUGCGCAUAGAGAUCUCUGAGUCGCGCGUGAACAUCAGCUGCCCUGAGUGCGCGGAACGCUUCAACCCUCAUGACAUCCGCAUGAUCCUGGGGGACAGGGCCCUGAUGGAGAAGUAUGAGGAGUUCAUGCUGCGCAGGUGGCUGGUGGCCGACCCAGACUGCAGGUGGUGUCCCGCCCCAGACUGUGGGUAUGCCGUCAUUGCCUUUGGUUGUGCCAGUUGCCCAAAGAUCACUUGUGGCAGAGAUGGGUGUAGCACUGAGUUUUGUUACCACUGUAAACAGCUUUGGCAUCCCAACCAAACGUGUGACGCGGCACGGCAGCAGCGCGCCCAGAGCCUCCGCCUUCGCACGGUUCGCUCCUCUUCCCUCAGCUACAGCCAGGAGAGCGGCGCUGCAGCUGAUGACAUAAAGCCAUGUCCACGCUGUGCUGCCUACAUCAUCAAAAUGAACGAUGGCAGCUGUAAUCACAUGACCUGUGCGGUGUGCGGCUGUGAGUUCUGCUGGCUGUGUAUGAAGGAGAUCUCAGACCUGCACUACCUGAGUCCUUCAGGCUGUACUUUUUGGGGGAAGAAGCCUUGGAGCAGAAAGAAAAAGAUUCUGUGGCAGCUGGGAACAUUAGUGGGAGCUCCGGUCGGCAUCGCACUCAUCGCUGGCAUCGCAAUCCCCGCAAUGAUCAUUGGGAUCCCGGUGUACGUGGGGAGGAAGAUUCAUAACCGCUAUGAAGGUAAAGAUAUGUCCAACCACAAAAGAAACCUGGUGAUCGCUGGAGGAGUGACGCUCUCAGUCAUCGUGUCUCCGGUCGUUGCUGCAGUAACAGUUGGGAUUGGCGUUCCCAUCAUGCUGGCGUACGUGUAUGGAGUGGUCCCCAUCUCUCUGUGCCGCAGCGGAGGAUGUGGCGUCUCGGCUGGAAACGGCAAAGGAGUUCGGAUCGAGUUUGACGAUGAGAAUGAUCUGAACAUCGGCAGCGGAGCGGCAGUCACUGAUACGACUUCAGUGGCCGACACCCGGAACAACCCCAGUAUUGGAGAGGGCAGUGUGGGGGGUCUCACCGGGAGCCUUAGUGCCAGUGGAAGCCACAUGGACCGACUCGGAGCCAGAGACAAUGUGAGCGAGUGCGCGUCCACCACCGCUUUAGCAGGAGCCAGUAUCACCGGCAGUCUUUGCGGCAGUGCUAUGGUCAGCUACAUCAACAGGUUGGAGGUUCAGGCUGAUGUGCAGAAGGAGCGCUGCAGUUUGAGUGGAGAGUCCGGCACCGUGAGUCUGGGCACAUUCAGUGACAACGCAAGCACCAAAGCAAUGGCUGGAUCCAUUCUAAACGCCUACAUGCCCCUCGACAGAGACGGUAACAGUCUGGAGGUGCAGGUGGACAUCGAGUCCAAACCGAGCAAAGUGCGGCACCACAGCGGCAGCAGCAGCGUUGACGACGGCUCGCAGCCGGGACGCUGUGGCUGGACCUGUCCCGCGUCUGGCUGCUCCGAGGGGAAGAGCGCCUCCUCCAAAUGGCCCAAAGAUGCUUCCUGCUCCAGCUCCGGCAGCAAGAAAAGCAAAGGCAAACUGCGAAAGAAAGCGGGCGGCACCAAGAUCAACAAGAGCCGCGAGGACAUGGACGCGCAGCUGCUGGAGCAGCGCAGCACCAACUCCUCAGAGUUCGACUCGCCGUCGCUGAGCGGGAGUCUGCCCUCCGUGGCCGACUCUCACUCCAGCCACUUCUCUGAGUUCAGCGGCUCAGAUCUGGAGAGCAUGAGGACGUCGUGCAGCCAUGGCUCUGGUGGCGCGGCGGCGGACUACCACACACGCUUUGCCACCGUCAGCCCUCUGCCGGAGGUUGAGAACGACCGCCUGGAGAGCUGUCCCGCCGGGGCCGUGUCAGGGCCGGGGGCUUUUGCCACGCCUCACUCGCCUUCCUCCACCUCGUCGUCGCUCGGACACGGGGCCGAGCUGUCCCCUCUUUGCUUCAUCACGGAGGAGAAUGUAAACCUGGUGUGUCCCGCUCCAUCGGCCGCACAGUGUGACAACGGGGACGCUGUGAAAGAGGCGAACAACAACCACAAAGAGGCGCCUCCGGUCGUGUGCGUUCAGAGCGACAUAUAA